CGAGAUUCAUGUAUUUUUCCCCACUACAGGCCUAUAGUAGGCAAGUAUGCGGUUUGGGACACAGCCGAAUUCUCUUGUUCGCCGUAAAACUGCCGUGUGUAAUCGUGUCCUGUCGCAAAAUACGGUGAAAACUCUCACACGAUUUUCAUGUGAUUAAGGUGAUUACAUGUCUGUAAUACACGGCAAUUAUGAGACUAAAAUAGGAGUACUCCACAUGUCAAUUAAUAUAUUUAAUUAAAGAUUAAAUAAAAACACCCAAAACUGUAUACGGUACCAUAACGAAGACGAACUGUAUGUUGUUACGUGAAAGGGAGGUAUGUCGGACUGCGUGGCGCGGUGACUUAACAACGUGGGCUGUUAAUCUAAUUAUGUUCUAUAACAUGUAAAACGGGAGCAUGACAGGAGUAUUCUAAAAGCGACUCAUGUGCAGUAAACACCUUAAUCACAUUAUCUUUAUCAAAGUAAGGUCAAUACUGCUGUCCAUGUAAACGUAGUUGGUGUGAUCAUAGUUGUCAUAACCUAUGACUUCAGAAAUACAGUUAAGGCUAAAGCGAGAAGAAACGUUCUGGGAAACACAAACACGACUCACCAACACUUUGAGUAACUGAGGAAUUAAAAUAGUUUUCUUAUAAUUACAUUCACAAUGGUAAAGCAUGCAUGAUUUAAAAAAUAAUUUACAUUAAUCUGAAGUCAUAGCAGCUUUAAACUUUUAUCAUUUUGUCUAUGAGAUGUAAUUUAAAUAAUUCAGUUUAGCUUAUUUUACUAGCAGUUUAUUUAUUUUCCUGUAAAAACGCUGAGUAAUGAAUUACACCUAAGGCCCCCCCCAGGGGAAAAAAAAAAAAAACACACACACAGGUUGUGUGGACUUUGGUCUCCACAAACUAGAUAAACCUCACACGUUUUUAAGAAGCUUUCGGCUUCAGAGUCUCAGAGAGACACAGGGAUGAAAAGACAGAAUUUGGACAUAAACAUGGUGUGUUUGUGUGCUGUGUAUCUGCUUGUUGUUCUGCUUCUGGCUUUGGCUAAGGCUAGUGUUACUGAACAGACGUUUUCAGGCCAUUCUGAUGGUUCUGAGAAAAUCGGCGGGCCUGAAGGAACAAGCAAUUUUGGGAGCUUUGAAGGCACAGCAGGACCUAGUGAGAGAAAUGGUACCGGCAGGCUGCUGGUGGUGCCAAUGGACGGGAGUCACUGGACCGUGAUGAAGGCCGUGGCAGAGGAACUGGGCCGCAGAGGCCACACCGUGCUGGUGUUGAUGCCGGAGGUCAGCAUGCGUUUGGACUCUGGGAAGCACUACAUGAGCAAAACGUUUCCGGUUCCAUACACGCAGGAUCUAUUUAACCAACUGAUGAAAAAUUCCGAGCAACUGAUUGGUACAAGACCAGGUCUGAUGGAGAGAAUCUCAGGGAAACUGAAACACAUGAGAGAAAUUAUGAAUCUGAUGAUCUCCACAAGUGAGAGUUUGUUAUUUAACUAUGAGCUGGUGGAGUUUUUAAGGAAGCAGGAGUUUGAUGCGGUACUGACAGACCCUAUGAUACCAAGUGGAGCAGUUUUAGCUUUUAAUCUGUCUCUGCCUGCCAUCUACAUGCUACGAGGUUUACCAUGCGGGAUGGAUGCCAUUGCCACUGUCUGUCCUGACCCUCCUUCCUACAGCCCCCGUUUUUUCACUAAAAACACUGACCGUAUGUGCUUCACUGAACGCGUGUUAAACGUGGUGGUGUAUAUGCUGGAACCAGUGAUGUGUAAGCUGCUUUACUGGUGGUUUGAUGAUGUGGCAUCACGGUUCCUGCAACGCAGCGUCAGUAUGCCUGAGAUCCUAAACACAGCUGCUGUGUGGCUGCUGAGAUAUGACUUCACCUUAGAGUUCCCUAAGCCACAAGCACCCAACACUGUGCUGAUCGGAGGACUGAACUGUGCUGUUACUAAACCUCUGGACCCGGAGGUGUUGGAGUUUGUGGAAGGAUCAGAACACGGAAUUGUAGUCUUCACACUCGGCUCUUUAGUGCCAGCGAUGCCAAAGGAGAAAGCAGCCAUUUUCUUCCAGGCCUUCAGCAGAAUCCCUCAAAGAGUGUUGUGGAGGUACAUGGGUGAAGUUCCUCAUGAAGUUCCUGCGAAUGUGAAGCUGAUGAAGUGGCUUCCCCAGAACGACCUUCUGGGUCACCCAAAGGCAAGAGCAUUCAUUACUCAUGGUGGCUCACAUGGUAUCUAUGAGGGGAUUUGCCACGCUGUUCCCAUGGUGAUGAUGCCACUCUUUGGCGAUCAGGGCGAUAAUGUGAAGCGAUUGGUCAGUCGUGGAGUGGGUGUGGUCUUGAACUUCUAUGACAUCACAGCUGAUCUGCUAGUUGACGCCCUAGAUGCCAUCAUCAAUGACAGCAGUUAUAAAGAGAGGAUGAUGAAACUAUCUGCUCUUCACAACGAUCAACCAGUAAAGCCGCUGGACCUCGCAGUUUAUUGGACAGAAUACGUAAUGAGGCAUAAAGGGGCAGAGCAUCUACGUUCAGCUGCACAUAAACUUAAUUGGUUCCAGUAUCACAGUCUUGAUGUGUUUGGCUUUCUGCUGGUUGUCACGGUGAUUGUAGUCACAGUGAUGAUGAAAUGCUGCAUGUUGUGUUUAAGAUGUUCCAGGAAAUUACAGAAGAGAAAAGAGGAGUAAAAUGCGCUACUGUUUUAUUUGGCAUUUUAACACUCUACACUGUAUAUUUUAAUAAAGUAUAAACAACAGUGUUAUGAGAUAUUCAAUACAUAAUAUUCAUUAACUCUGUUUUCCUGUUAGCAAGAUUAUUAUUAUUAUUAUUAUUAUUAAGCUGCCCAAGUUAAAUUUCACACAAAUAAGCCUAAACAUGUUAAACUUACAGUCUGAUAGUUAAAUGAAAUUAAUUAUGUAUCCAUAGAGCAUUUCUGAGCUGCACCUGCACUGCCUACACCUCUGAGCUACAUCACUGCAUAAUGUACUGCUCUAUGAUUGUAGAUCACUGAGCUAUACCUCUGAAAUACAUUACUGCUAUACGUCACUCAGCUACAUCAUUGCUCUAUGGCUCUAGAGCUGAAAAACUUUGUGAUUUCACUUCUUGUGUAUAUAAAAAAAUGUGCUGGUAUUUAUAUCUAUAAAUAAGAAUAAAUACGGAUUUCAAAAGGA